AUGUCGAAGGAAAGAGGGGUAUAUAAGACCGAGCAAGACACCGUUGUCGAGUAUGCCAUUGACCCGAAUGCAGAGAAACAACUUCUCAAGAAGUUGGAUUGGGUCCUGCUACCAAUCUUUACGCUUAUCUAUUGCAUGAAUUUCAUUGACAGGACUGCGAUAGGAAACGCUAAGAUUGCUGGUCUUGAAAAGGAUUUAAAUUUGCAAGGAUUCGACUUCAACAUUGCACUGACGGUAUUCUACAUCUUUUACGUCUCCGCCGAAAUCCCGUCCAACCUCGCGCUCAAGCAUUUCGGUUCUGUGUGGCUCGCCGGCCUGGUAACUGGUUUUGGAAUCGUUUCAAUCGGCACGGCGUUCGUCAAAUCGUUUGCUGGUCUUAUUGUAACCAGAGUUUUCCUCGGUAUAGCUGAGGGUGGUACCUUGUCAGGGUUAACUUAUAUCAUGUCAAGAUACUAUCGACGCUCUGAGCUCGUGCUGCGACUUGGGACCUUCUUUGGUGUAUCCACUAGCCUUGCGGGCGCAUUCGGUGGACUACUUGCCUCCGGUCUCCUGUCUGUAAAAGACGUGGGAACGGUCAAGUCAUGGCGGAAGAUCUUUCUUGUUGAGGGCAUCAUUACCACGGGAUUUGGCCUUUUGUGUUUCAUCAUACUGCCUGCGGACCCGCAACAUACUCGGAUGCUGAAACCUCAGGAACGCACCUUGGCACUUGCACGGAUUGACGCAGACCAAGCUACGCGAGUGGGGGCGAUAAGAGAGAAAACGACUUUGAAGCUCAUAUGGAGGGCCUUUAAUUUUAAUACUAUGAUAUGUUCAAUCUGCUACUUGAUGAUCAAUAUAUCUUUCCAGGGGUUAAGCCUGUUCAUGCCCACGGUCAUUGCUACAUUGGGGAAAUACACUACGGUUCAGACCCAAUUGCGCACGGUCCCGCCCUAUGCCCUAGGUGCGGUAUGGAUCCUACUUAACGCAUAUUUUUGCUACCGAAAGAACCAGCGGGCAAUUCCCAUUUUAUUCUCGACAUUGUUGAUAGUAUUGGGAUAUGCUAUCUCCAUUGGGACCAAAAAUCCUCACGCGAGAUAUGCAGCAUGCUUUGUAUCUAUUGCAGGGGGGACUACUUCAGGACCUGUGAUUCUGACGUGGGGAACGGAUAACGCUGCACCUGAUACCAUACGUGCAGUCGCUACAGCCUUAAUCCCUGGUAUUGGUGCGCUAGGAUCUAUUAUUGGUGUGUGGACCUACUUACCCGCCGAUGCACCCGAUUAUCACAAUGGCAACACUCUCAACCUCGUCACCAGCAGUAUUGCCUCUGUCCUUGUGAUCAUUGGCGCGUUGUAUAUCAGAUGGGAGAACGCGAAGAGAGAAAGAGGAGAAAGGGAUUACAGACUGGAGGGGAAGAGUGCAGAGGAGAUUGAGCAAUUGGGCUACUUGCAUCCUAAAUUUCGUUAUAAAUUUGAAGUUGUAUCUUCGAUUCCGAAUGUUCCUCCUUCAGGCCACCGUUUCCAAGGCUGCGUUCGGAACCGACCGUUUUCUGUUCAACCUUCUCUACACCAUCAACACCAUCCCCCAACUCCAAAAUCUCGUACAAUCCGAGAGACGAUACGGGAGAACAUCUACACGUUGCCGAAUGCCCUAACAGUCUCGCGUAUCCUAGCAUGUCCAGUUCUUGGCUGGUCAAUAUUGAACAGCAAUUUCAAGCUUGCAACAGGUUUGCUGGUCUACGCCGGCCUCACCGACUUGGCUGAUGGGUAUUUGGCGCGUCGUUUCAAAAUGAAUUCGGUCUUGGGAACGAUUCUUGAUCCUGCUGCAGACAAAGCGCUGAUGACGACGCUGACGGUAACUUUGGCGAUGAAAGGAUGUUUACCUGUACCUGUAGCAGUGGUAAUACUCGGACGGGAUGUGCUCCUUGUACUGGCCGCAUUCAAGAUACGAUAUACAUCUUUACCCCCUCCCAAAACGUUCUCGCGGUAUUGGGAUUUCUCCAUCCCUUCAGCUGAAGUUCGUCCCACCGAAAUCAGCAAGAUCAACACGGCAUUGCAACUCCUCUUGAUGGGCGCUACGACUGUGGGCCAGCUGGUUCCACCAGAAGCAGGGCUCGCGUUACUCGGCCAACAGCUUACCGUUGAUCUCGCACUGACGGGGUUACAGUGGACUGUUGUCGCGACGACAAUAUGGAGUGGACUUUCAUACGUUUUUUCUCCGCGUGCCUACCGUGUCCUCAACGCAAAGCGACUAGCGCGGAAAAAGCGCUGA